AUGAGCAACACCGACUUCUUGGGCCGUGCCAUCGAUGUGGUCAAGAAGGCCAUUGAGCAGGACACGGCCGGCGAGUACGAGAAGGCCUACCAACUCUACUAUCAAGCCCUCGAACUGUUCAUGCUCGCCUUGAAAUGGGAGAAGAACGCAAAGUCCAAGGAAAUGAUCCGCGCAAAGGCCGCCGAAUACAUGGAAAGAGCUGAGAAACUCAAGAAUCACUUGGCCGAACAAGAUACGAAUCGGAAAAAACCUGCUGCUGUAGGUUCCAAUGGGAAGACCUCAAACGGCGCAGGCAAGGGAAAAGACGAUGAUGGAGACGACCAAGACCCCGACUCUAAGAAGCUACGAGGUGCCCUUGCUGGUGCUAUCCUGACUGACAAGCCCAACAUCAAAUGGGAGGACGUGGCUGGUCUUGAGCAAGCAAAGGAAGCAUUGAAAGAGGCUGUCAUCCUUCCCAUCAAGUUCCCCCAUCUGUUCACCGGCAAGCGCCAGCCCUGGAAGGGUAUCCUGCUCUACGGUCCUCCUGGAACUGGUAAAUCAUACCUCGCCAAAGCCGUUGCCACCGAGGCCAACAGCACUUUCUUCAGUGUCAGCAGUAGUGACUUGGUCAGUAAGUGGAUGGGUGAGAGUGAACGUCUCGUAAAGCAGUUGUUCGGCAUGGCACGAGAGAACAAGCCUUCAAUCAUCUUCAUCGAUGAGAUCGACGCCCUUUGUGGUCCCAGAGGCGAAGGCGAGUCGGAAGCGUCAAGACGUAUCAAGACCGAACUUCUGGUGCAGAUGGAUGGUGUGGGACGUGAUUCAAAGGGUGUCCUCAUCCUCGGCGCAACCAACAUCCCAUGGCAGCUCGAUUCUGCCAUUCGCAGACGUUUCCAGCGCAGAGUGCAUAUCAGUUUGCCUGAUCUACCGGCAAGAACACGAAUGUUCGAGCUCGCGGUUGGAUCAACACCGUGCGAGAUGAAGGCAGAGGACUACAGAACUCUGGCACAGCUCAGCGAAGGCUACUCUGGAAGUGAUAUCACCAUUGCAGUACAGGAUGCGUUGAUGCAGCCCGUGCGGAAGAUUCAGACUGCAACGCACUACAAGAAGGUUAUGGUCGAUGGUCAAGAGAAGCUCACGCCAUGCUCACCGGGCGACCAGGGGGCAAUGGAGAUGACUUGGAUGGACGUUGAAACAGAUCAGCUUCUGGAGCCGCCGCUUAUGGUCAAGGAUUUCGUCAAGGCAAUCAAGGCUUCAAGACCCACUGUCAGUCAAGAAGAUCUCAAGCACAAUGCUGAGUGGACUGCAGAGUUUGGUAGUGAGGGAGCUUAG